CAGCCAAACAGCCAAACAGCCAAACAGCCAAACAGCCAAACGGCCAAACGGCCACACACGGCAUGCCUGGAUGGCUGCUGGUCUGGUCGGACCGGGAGCGGCGCUGCCGAGACUGGGCAGGGAAGGAAGUUCACACUCAUUCAGGUUCAAACUGCUUUCACACAGCAAAGCCAGUCCGCCCGCACCGACCGCCCGUGCCCGCCGCCUUUCCCUUCCCAUCCUUCCCAUCUCCUCUCCUCCUCUCCUCCUCUCCUCCUCUCCUCCUCUCCUCUUUCUCUCCUCACCUCUCCCCUCUUUCUUCACCAAACCUUCCUAUCUUAUCCUCUCACCCGUCCGUCGUUGUAUUCUCGGGGACCUGUCACAAUGAUCGCUGCUAGGAACUUUGUCGCUCCCGCCCGCCAAUGCUUGCGGACCACACGUGUGUCCCCUCGCAUUGCGUCGCCUCUCUCUCAGCUUCGCUCCUACUCCGCCGCUGCUGACGAGCGCGUCGCAAAGUUCAAGGGACAGAAGGGUUCUGAUGGAAAAUACACUGUUACCCUGAUCGAGGGUGAUGGUAUCGGCCCCGAGAUCUCCCAGUCGGUGAAGGAUAUCUUCGCUGCCGCUAAUGCCCCUGUCAAGUGGGAGCCCGUCGAUGUUACUCCCAUCUUGAAGGAUGGCAAGACCGCCAUUCCCGACGAGGCCAUCAAGAGCGUGCAGAAGAACUACGUUGCCCUGAAGGGUCCCCUCGCUACCCCUGUCGGUAAGGGACACGUCUCUCUCAACCUCACCCUCCGUCGUACCUUCAACCUCUUCGCCAACGUGCGUCCCUGCCGCUCCAUUGCCGGCUACAAGACCCCCUACGACAACGUCGACACCGUCCUGAUCCGUGAGAACACUGAGGGUGAAUACUCCGGCAUUGAGCACGUCGUCGUCGACGGUGUUGUCCAGAGCAUCAAGCUCAUCACCCGUGAGGCUUCCGAGCGUGUCCUCCGCUUCGCCUUCCAGUAUGCCCGCUCCAUCAACAAGAAGAAGGUCCGUGUCGUGCACAAGGCCACCAUCAUGAAGAUGUCCGACGGUCUCUUCCUCAAUCUCGCCCGCGAGAUUGCCAAGGAGUUCCCCGACAUUGAGUUCGACGCCGAGCUCCUUGACAACUCCUGCUUGAAGAUCGUUACCGACCCCGCUCCUUACAACGACAAGGUUCUUGUCAUGCCCAACCUGUACGGUGACAUUCUUUCCGACAUGUGCGCCGGUCUCAUCGGUGGUCUCGGUCUGACCCCCUCCGGUAACAUUGGUGACGAGUGCUCGAUCUUCGAGGCUGUCCACGGAUCCGCCCCCGACAUUGCUGGCAAGGGUCUUGCCAACCCCACUGCUCUGCUCCUGAGCAGUAUCAUGAUGCUUCAGCACAUGGGUCUCACCGAGCACGCUGCUCGUAUCCAGAAGGCCACCUUCGAUACCCUUGCCGAGGGUAAGGCCCUCACCGGUGAUCUUGGCGGUAAGGCCAAGACCCACGAGUAUGCCGAGGCCAUCAUGUCGCGUCUGUAAGGGAUUCAGCUACGAUUGUACUAUUCCCUCUUUAUACCUUGUUCUUUUCCUUUAGCCUGUGAAUGACUAGACUAAAUGUGUACUCCAAUUUCUAUAUGUCCCUCAAUGUAUGUAGAUGCUAUAUUAUCUCUUUGUCCUAAAAGGCUGUGAUAUGCUUGGGUGCAUGUAUAAUGACAGUGACACUUCAUGAUAUUUGUGGUUAAUGUUGG